GCCGGCCGCCUGUCAGAGAGAGCUGGCGAUGGUGCGCCCAGUGGCGGCGGCGGCGGCGGCUUCCUCGAUCCGAGCUUUGGGAGGAGAAGAUGACUGACCAACCGACUGACUGAAUGAAUGAAUGGCGGAGCCGAGCGCGCCAUGAGGAGCCUGCCAAGCCUGGGCGGCCUCGCCCUGUUGUGCUGCGCCGCCGCCGCCGCCGCCUCUGCUACCUCAGCGGGAAAUGUCACUGGUGGCGGCGGGGCCGUGGGGCAGGUGGACGCGUCGCCAGGCCCGGGGUUGCGGGGCGAGCCCAGUCACCCCUUCUCUAAGGCGACGGCUCCCACGGCCCAGGCCCCGAGGACCGGACCUCCACGCGCUACAGUCCACCGAUCCCUGGCUGUCACCUCUUCAACCCACUUCCCGGAGAUCACCCCUCGGGCGACUGCAGGACCCGCUCCGACCACCUUUCGGGAACCGCUCGGCCCGGCGCCGACUACCCCUCCGGUGGUGGAACCAACUCGGAGCACCUCUCGGGCGCCGACCGGGCACGCGCCGACCACCUUUUCGGCGACCACUAGCCCGGCGCCGACCACCCCUAUAGCGACCACGGUCCCGGCGCCCACCACUCCCCAGACCCCGACCCGCGUUCUCCUUGGCAGCAGCAGCAGCAGCAUCCCACCCACCCUACCUGCCACCGAGGCCCCCUCUCCUCCGCCCCCAGAAUAUGUAUGUAACUGCUCUGUAGUUGGAAGCCUGGAUGUGAAUCGCUGCAACCAAACCACAGGGCAGUGUGAGUGUCAGCCAGGUUAUCAGGGUCUUCACUGCGAAACCUGCAAGGAUGGUUUUUACCUGAAUCACACUUACGGCUCUGGGCUCUGUCUGCCAUGUAACUGUAGUCCACAUGGAGCGCUUAGCUUACUUUGCAACAGUUCUGGGAAAUGCCAGUGCAAAGUGGGUGUUACUGGCUCUUCAUGUGACCAAUGCCAAGAUGGAUAUUACGGCUUCAGUAAGAAUGGCUGCUUGCACUGCCGAUGCAAUAGUCGGUCUGCCAGUUGUGACACCUUCACAGGUGUUUGUUUAAACUGCCAGGAAAAUAGCAAAGGGGAUCACUGUGAAGAAUGCAAAGAAGGAUUUUAUCAGAGUCCUGAUGCCACAAAAGAAUGUCUUCGCUGUCCUUGUUCAGCAGUGACAUCUACAGGCAGUUGCAUAAUAAAAUUGAAUGAAUCGGAACCUAUGUGUGUCCAGUGUAAAGAUGGUUACACAGGCCAGAACUGCAAUAAAUGUGAAAAUGGCUAUUACAAUUCUGACAGCAUCUGUAUAAAAUGCCAAUGUCAUGGCCAUGUGGAUGCAGUUAAAACUCCAAAGAUUUGCAAGCCUGAGAGUGGUGAGUGCAUCAACUGCCUCCAUAACACCACUGGAUUUUGGUGUGAGAACUGCCUAGAAGGAUAUGUUCGGGACCUCGAGGAAAAUUGCGUCAAAAAAGAAGUCAUUGUUCCAACACCUGAAGGUUCUACCAUUUUGGUUUCCAAUGCCUCUUUGACCACAUCGGUGCCCACCCCUGUUAUAAAUAAUACAUUUACCCCCACAACCCUGCAGACUAUCUUUUCAGUAAGUUCUUCUGAAAAUAGUACUUCAGCUUUAGCUGAUGUAUCAUGGACCCAAUUUAACAUCAUCAUUUUGACAGUCAUCAUCAUUGUGGUGGUGUUGCUGAUGGGAUUUGUGGGGGCUGUAUAUAUGUAUCGAGAGUACCAAAACCGGAAACUGAAUGCCCCCUUUUGGACCAUCGAGCUGAAAGAAGACAAUAUCAGUUUCAGCAGCUACCAUGACAGCAUUCCCAAUGCAGAUGUGUCAGGACUGUUGGAAGAUGAUGGCAGUGAGGUGGCUCCCAAUGGGCAACUGACCCUGACAACACCCAUGCAUAACUACAAAGCCUAAGGAGCUAGAACUAUUUUCCUACAUUGUUAAACCACAUUGCUUACUAAGAAAGCAUCAGUCCCUGGGCCAGACAAGUUUAUGUAGUGUUUGCUGAGAAAGCAAAGGCAAACAGUGCAUCUGAAAUUUUCAGGUAUAAUUAGUAAUACAUUUAGCCUGUUACUCUCAGUUUUCCAAUGAAGAUCUGAAGUAUUCCCUGUUAUUAGGACUUGAAGUAAAGUAUAUUUUUGUAUCAAACCACAUGGGAGUAUGGAAAGGCCGAACCCCAUAGUGCCCCCCAAAUCCACUUGGACCUCCAAAAAGACUUCUAGGGAAGUGUUCACCAAACCACCUGUAAUAGGAUGAGGGAUAUGAGGGGGGAAGGACUGCUGGAAGACUUCAUCUGCAUUGCUGAAACACAUUUUUUAAAGGACGGUCAGGGAUGAUAUUCAGUUUACUGUUUUAAAAGACAUCAUUGAAGAAAAGCUGAUUUCCAGGCUGUAUCACAGUGAACAAUCUUGAUUGUUUCUAGAAUAGGGGCAGAAAAGUCCCAAGAAGAUCUUCAGAAGGGCUUGAUUUUUCCUUCCAGGAUUCUUGCUCAAUGAUGGGAUUAAAGCACAGGAUAAGCUUCGAAUGGUAGAGAGAGAAUGAAGGCAGCAUCCGGGAGCAGGAAGCCAAUGGUCCUCCUCAGGAUCUCAGUGUAAAUGAUCAAUCAUCUAGAAUUAAUGAAUAUUCCUGUCUCUAGAGAAUAAAGUGUAUAUAGUUUAUGUAGCAUAUCUGGUCAACAUUGUAUUUGUAUCUAUUUGUAAAAAAAAUCAUGUCAUAUUUUAUCAUCCAGAAUUUAUUUGUACAGGAGUUAAUAGCAUUGUAAAAAGAAAAUAUGGGGAUUGGUUAAAAUACUGUAAAAUAGAUGGCAAUAUCACUAGAGCUGGGACUCUGGUGAGCAUCCGUCAUUUUUAGUCUCUCUUUGGACAUUGUUGAAAUUUAUAAGAGGUUGAAUGUUUCUAACCUUCUUCUCUUUCUCAAUCUAAAAGUAGAGUUAUAUACCCUUUCUUACAAAGGAGGAUAAAGAUUCAAGCAAUAGGUUUUGAAGUCAGUGAUUGUUAAUCUGGGACACAGGCUGCUGCACUCCCCAAACUACGCACCUAAUUAAACACUGGUUACCCUAUAUAAGAGUUCACCUUUAUAUAGAUGAAUAUAAAACAUAUCCUCAUUCAAAAAAUAUUUUUUUCUAAAUGUAAAAGAUAGUCUUCCAAAGAAAUUAGAAAUAUUUUAGUUCCAAAAGAAAAGCCAUCAUAUCACUUGGGAUCCCUGGUUUUCAUGCCUGUGAAAUAUUUAUAUUCCUGCAUCCCCCUGCCAGAAAAACCUCCUACAUUUGAACAUUUGCUAUGAUGUAUGUGCUAUCACUCUGUAGUGCUACAGUUGUCCCAUCUUCCUCUUGUCCAGUUAGAAGGUAGUUCUGCAUUUGGGUGGGUAUAGUUAAUCCUUAUUUUUAGAUGCAAUUUUCUCCUAAAGGACAUGCACUCAUCUAUUAUAUUCACAGAUUGAGGAUUAAGCUAGCUAGAAAAGCUGCCUGAAGUUAAAUAUAGAUAUUUAUUAGGAGGAACAGCAAACUGUGAAGUGGUUUGAAGAAAAAAGCAAAGACUACCUAUUAGAUUAGACCUGGGAAAUCCAAGUGCACAUCUUUGCCUAACUUCACCAGAGGAAAACAUGGAAUUUGAUUAUCCUUCUGUAGAAAACUCCUAAAUUGUUCUCAGGGUUUGGAGAUGAUAGUCUGGAGGAUGUACAGGCAGAUAAUCUACUUCUGGUAAACUGGGGUGCUCUGUGUAUUCAGCCAGUGUCCACAAAAGUAGAAAUUACAUUACUUACAUUAAAAUUAUUUAACAUUUGUAUAGCCCUUUGCAAUUUGCAAAGCACUUUUUUAUAUGUGUGUCCUUUGUUCCUUACCAUAGCCCCUUGAGGAAAUAACUAUUGUCCCUAUUUAAUAGACAAGGGGACUGAGGCUCAAGGAGUUAAAUGUCUUGCUCAAGGUUGCACAAUGUAUGUCACUAUUAGGCUUGGAAUCAUGACUCCUAACUCCAAAGCACAUGCUCUUUCCACUUUACCCUAGUGCAGAAAUUGCCUAGUCAUGGAUAUAAGAAGGCUGGGAGGAAGAGUCCCCUCUGUGGAUAUUUCUAAUUUUUGUAAGUACAGGGUACAAUCCAGAGCUGUAUAUCUGUGAAGGACUUUAUGAAAAGAACACUGGAGGAUUACUAUUUGAAGCCAGAAUUAGUGAUUAAAAAAACAAUACUGCCAGUUUGUUCUUUGGUAAAGUAAACUAAUCCUUCUAAGCAGAAAGGGAGAACCUGCUUUCCCAAAUGACUACCACAUAUGCCUAUACAAAUUCUGCACUGCACAGAGAUUUGUGUGAAGUGGCAGACCAGCCUUCCUCCCACAUAGCAUCCCCCCAGAGUCAGGAAUUGGGAUGGUGAGAAAUACAUGUUUGAAAAAAAAAAACAGAAAUUCAUCAAAAAAAGGAGUGUUUUUGGAUUCUCAGAGCCAAAGCCAAAUAGUCUGGAUUUUGGCCAUGUAGAGAUUCCUUGAAAUAGAUGUUAAAAAGUAUUGCAAAAAAUGAAAAACAAAGAAAGUUUACUUUUAAUUACUUGUUAACAGCCCCUAGGCCAUGUUCUUAAUUUUUCUCAAUGAAGAAAAAAAGUCUUAAAUUUUUUUUUAACAUGCUUCAGUGUCCCCAGCUCUUUUGCUUAUGGAAAUAGUUUUGCUUUAAAAUACAAGUCAUUGAUGAUGUGAUCUACCACUGAAGUCAGACUAGGACACUGGUGUGGAAUGCUCUACACAAUAUUCAUCCUCUUAAAGUCACGAUCCCCAUAAAUUACAGUGUCCUGCAGCAGGAUCCAUCAGUCCUUUAGAAAUCCUAAUAUGGGAAGAAUUUUUGUCUAAGGUUUAGAAAAGUGUUUAUUUUUAAAUAAGAUAAGACUGAUGGGAAUGUUUUUGAUAAAUGAAAGAUACAGACUAUCAAGUGAUGCAUUUAUCUUUACUAAUUCAUUUUAGUAGCCCCUAUGUAUUUCUGAAAUGGUCCUGAUCUUACUAUUAAUUUUUAGUAGACUUACACAUGCAAGCAUCCGCACCCCAGUGAGAAUGCCCAUGCCCUAGGUAAUGUUGUUAAAUAUGUCUUGUCCUUAUUUCCCCUCCUUUCUCCAUCCUCCAGCUACCAGAGCUCUCCUGUUAAUGGAGUUUCUUCAGUUAUAAAGAAAAAGCAAGUUAAUAAAAACUAAACCUCAUUUAUACUAAGGUCCUAUGGACUAAUGUGUUUCUCUUCCCAGGGGUACCUGGAUUUUAACAGAGGAGCACAGAGUGGACAUGAGAUGGGACGAGAGAGAUUUUUUGGACAGGAUUUGUAGAAGACCCAAAUUAUAUGUCUGCUCUCUAGCCUGAAUAUUUCCCGGAAAAUUGACCAUUAAACAAUACUCGCUGACCUAGUUCAUUUAGGUCAGCUGAGUGCUUUAGCCCUUUUCUUACUGUUUUGGAGGCAGAGAGCUAAAGUAACAGUACUUCCUCUUGAAAGCUUUAAUUGGAACUAGGUUAUUAGAACAUUUGCAUUGUUCCAGUACAGACAGAAAAGGGCCUUUUUGUAGGACACAUGGUGAACAUACCAUGACUUACGAUGAACAUCCCAUGGUUCUUAUAUUUUGGAGUAUAUCGGUAGGAGUUGAAUUUAUACAUCUCAGAGAAGUUCAGAGAAGUAAAGAGCAAUCCAGAGUAGUCUGUUUGAGCCAGGAAAGCAUUUCUGGCCUUAUCUACAAAGAACUUUUGGUCUGUUAUGAUCUUGACAGUAGGGAGUUUGGGAAUUAAAAUGAGUUUCGUUUAUACAGGAGAGUAACGAGAGGUUAAUACAAGUUUUCUUUUUAAUCCUGAGC